AUGGUACCACUCGACAUCGAGCUGCUCAGCCGCGCUGCUCCUGUCAAUGUGGCCGAGUACCUACGAGAGCAGAUUACGACGCUUUCUGAGGCUCCAGUCGCGCAAAGCUUGUUGCAUUUGGUCGCUCUUGAAGCUGUGCCUCCAGAUGUCGUCCGAAUCUGGCUAAGCAUCACCAAAGAUGCGCACUCGCUAUCGGCUGCACUCCAGCAGAAUUCAUCAAAUCUCGCGCGAACCUCGGCCAUUCAACGCUUCGGAGCAUGGUUUCGUAGCAAACACUGGCGAGCAGCGUGGGAGGCACUGGGAGGCGCGCCGGGUAUCGCUCAGCUUUUCGCCCAACUGUCUGUCUCGCAAGUUAACAAGUUCACGCGCAUCCUCGGUCGCAGCGUGAGAGGAAAAGCAGGUCAGGCCAAGACUGAAAAGAGAGACGUAGUCACGCAACUGCUCUUGCUUCUCGUGCCACAACUCGAGACAGGAAACGAUACAAGUCCUACGCAGCAUCUGAAAGCAGCAGACGCCGACAAUCGUGAGCUUGUCCAUCUUUACUCUGCACUUCUCCCAGCAUGCACAUCGCAGAUGGUGCACAAGGUACUCUUUGGUCCUCAGAUGGUCAUGACGCUCUCUGGCGACCAACGCCACUUGCUCAGAGAACAUCCCAACGUCUUUGUGCAAGACGCAGCUCCAACGCUUCCGUCCAAGUCAAGAUGGCCCGAUCAAGAAAAGCAUCUGCCUGCCCUAAUCCUCGCUGUCAUGCACAACGCUCAAGUCGACGAUCCCGCAAAGCUCGUUUGCUUUCUCACCGAUGCGUUCGAGUCGAUCUUUUCCAAAGAAUCUGCGCGCAUCAGCUCACCGACGCCUGUAGCGUCGUUAUGCCAGAAACUCGUCCAGCGUCGCGGUCUCGAGCCAUCGCUUCGAAUGCACAUGUUUCAAGUCAUCCUGCGCAUCCUAUCCAAGCAUACGGAGCGUGUUGGUCCAUUCGCAGCUCGUCUACACAAACAGGCGCUUCGUUCUUGGUCUCGAGCAGCUGACAUGUUCGAACACAUCCUUCUGGAGCUUUUCCACGUCAGUCCUUCACAUCAACGACAGCACCUCUUCUGUAAACUGUACAAACACGUGCCUCCGAGGCAGAGGUGGGCUUUGCUCAAGCUCAUGGUUUGUCCCGAUCAGCACGCCUCUACAAACGACCUCGAUGAAGAACAAGUUGUGCAGCAACUACUAUCUUGUCGUCAUCAUCUAAUAAGUCUUCGCGUAGGUGUCCUCUUGGCCCUGCCUACACCGCAAGCGUUGCGCUUGAUGGGUCACUUAGCGGCUCGACGUUUGCGCGAUCGUGUCAUUACUGUUGGUCGGGCUGACUCGAUCUUGGGUUUCACCACAGCGCACGGCUAUCUGAACUUUGAUAUGGUGCGCUUCGAGCUUCAGCGAGACCUUGUCACGCAAGAGCGCAUAUCUGUCGCCACAGCAGCUGUGCAAGAUGUGCGCGCCAGGGUGUCUCGCAGCUCGGAUGCGGGUGUUCGCGAAGAUCUGGCUCGCAGUGGCUUGCACUGGGCUAUCUGCAGCCGCUCCAUCGAGCUGUACACGAGUACCAUCGUAUGGAUGCGUCGUUUUGUGCGUGACGUCACAGUUGCACGCUCGCUGUUUUCGGAAGGCAGUCUGCACAAGCGCGAAGCGAUCCAGCUUCUUUCUGGCAUUCCUGAGGUGCUGGAUCAACACGUCACAGCUGUGCAUAUCCGCGACCGCAUUCAUGACGCAAACAAUGCCAUCUGGGAAUGGUUCGAGACGGUGCGCAAAUCGUUGCUCGAGCCCAGCUUCAGCGUCCAAAACACUGCAGGUGCGCGUCUGCUAGUUCGACCAGUCGUCGUCGAGCGCAUGCGCCGGAUCGACCAAUUGCAAACACAUCUCGGUCUAGACACCAAUGCCAUCUCGGAACUCGUCUGGGACGAGACUGUCGAUCUCCUAAUCCGAAUCGAAAAGGCUUGCAUGGAGCCCGACUAUCGCCGUCUGGCAAUGUACCAUAUCGCUGGGCCGCUAGGCACAGAACUCGAGCCCUCGUUCUUUGCUACAGAUGCGCUCAGAAUUCGAAGCAUGGCGGGCCUCUCGUUUGUAGAAAAGCUCUUUGUCGCUCGCGAUGCGCUCUGGAAGCAACACCGAAUCAGCCUCAACCCGGCGGUAGCUCGGCUUCCUCGAGGCAUUCCUCAGGGUCUUCCCUUGCAUGUUGCACCAAGUAUCUGGAAUCUGGACUACAUCCUUGCUCGAACGCCCAACUGCUUCUUGCUCAAUAAGGCGAGAGAGGUGGUGUUUGCUGAUUCCCACAUCGCUCUCCAGCCUGUGGCGCAAGACGAUGCGACAAGAGACGCCGUCAAAGAUUGCCACCAAGAUUACCUGUUUAGCCUGCUCUUGCUGACUAAAGCGCACCGAAGCAAGAUCGGCAAGCGCCAGACGCUAGAGCAAGCCUUCGUACAUGCUGUUGGAGUGCUUUCGCACAACAGGAUGACACGCCAAGAAGCAGAGGCAGAGUUAAGAGAUCACGCGUUUACUGUUUUGGUGCAAUGCCACAAAGUGCCUAGAUUCCCGAGCUUGUAUGCGCCAUCCAGGUUCCCGCAGCUGCCCACCACCCAAGUCGACGACAGGAACAGCAGCAUUCGAAUCGAAUGGGAUCCAAAUAAGCUCGGCAGCCCUCCAAUGUUUGCAGAACGCCAGCUAGAGACCACAGUUUUCGACGAGAUGCUCAGCUGCAGUGCGUCUUUGAACUUGCACGACGGAACUCUGUGCUACUACACGUCGGAAUUCGGUGGAUACAGCUUUCGAACAACCCCUUACGUCGUGCGCGCGCGCCAUCAAGUGAGCGCCGCCGACGUCGCUCUUGCCGGUUGCAGAAAUGGCGACCACCCGAAAGACAAGAUCAGGUGUAUCCGCGAAGCGCAGAUCGUGUGGCAUCUGAUGCUGUUUGACGAGCUUUGUGUGAGGCCGAAAUCCGAUACUAGUGCAAUCACUCUGCCAUUCCCAGAUAAAGCUCAUGUUCGGUACCCCAACAUGGUAUUGAGUCGCUCGUUUGUCAAUGCAAUGCGCGCCAAGAUGGACGACAACAGCGCGAUGCACCACAUGCUCAAGCAUCUCGGCUUCCAGAUCCCAGUAUCGCUAUUACGAGAAUUUACACAACGACUCACGACUGCGCGUCGAGAGGGACGGCUGUCGAAAGGCGAUCAGCUGGCUACUCAGUUUGUGCGCUGUUUGAUGGCGAGCGAUCGUCCGAGCGCAGCGCUUCCGUUUGUGCUACGAGCCAUUCUGGACAACUCGCAAGACAGCUCAUGGCAUCGAGUCUUGUUGUCGCAAAGAUUCCUCCGACAAUUGCCUGCUCAAGACACUUGCAAAGCAGUCACGCAUUUGGCCGCCGAGAUUCUGCAACGCACAGCCAGCGACACCAAAUCCGGCAUCAGCGUCUCAACCGUCAAGAUGCUCGCACAAAUCCUUGGCCAAGCCGACGUGAUUCCUGCUUCGGUUGCCAUCGAGACACUGGCGAAACUUCUCGAUCAAACCGACCACGUCGAUGUUCGGUUUGCAGCGCUCUCGUCGAUGCUCGAGCUGAUUUGUUCCAGGCCAAGCACGCAUGAUGCGGCAGCAGAGCGACUCGUUCCGGAGCUUGACAGAUUCGUGCGCAUUCUGGCAGCAAUCGACGAGACUCGGCCAAGCGAGUCCGAGGAGUCAUGGAAAGACGGAGUUCUGCCGAGCGUGUAUGAAAGCUCGAUUAUGCCGAGCUCAGAUCUGGGAUCGAUGAAAAAACUGCCGAGGACUUUCCAGCUAGUUUCCGAGACGAUGCAAAAAAGCGCAUUGUGGGCACCGAUUCUCAUGCAGAGAGUGAUGCUGCCAGCUAUGAAGCGCUCGAUCGAGGUACAUGGACGAUGGCUCGACACAUUCCUGCAGCGCCACUCGCUGUCUGUCGAGACUCUGGCGCUUCCGGUUCCGCCAACCAAGCUCGAGAUGCUCAACACGCUCGUGACGCGCCACGCUGCCUUGACGCCGGAUUGGAUCGUCGAGCUGUAUUGCAAGAUGCUGCUAUUCAACGUGCGACCUGUAGCGCAAGUCAAACAGCUCCGAGCCCAGCUGAAACACACGGACCACAAUGCGGAAAAGCAUUGGUUGGCGAUCACGGAAAAGCCUGAAACCAAAUCGAUCGGCUCGCCGCCGUUCUUGGCCGAGUUUGUCUACGGAGUAGCCGAGUCGGCGCAGGACAAGAAUGCGAUUCGUCAAGUGUUGCUGGCACGCCAAUAUGCUAUCUGCAAAGCACAAGAGGUUCUGGAAGCGAUGCUGGAUGACAUGCUCGAUUCGGCAUGGAUCGACGAGCAGAGCUUUGACUGCAUCAUGGCACAGCUGCGGUACGAGAACCAUGGCCAACGUAGAACGCGUUGGGCAAGGGACGUCGCAUGGGAGCUCUGUCUGCGUCCUAUCCUGGAAAAAGUAAUUGCCAAGGUGGACAGUCGACGGACGACGGCUUGGCAGCGCGAUCCAGAACGAAAGCCGCGCUUGCUACCCGACAUGUUUCUGUAUCGUUUAGAGCUGCUCCCCUAUCCGCAAGUCGGAGAGUCGAUCUUGACGCCAGACGAGAAGCUGAACAAGUGCCAAACGUUUUCCAGGGCGGUUAUCGAACAGGUUAAGCAUCUAGUCGGUCGAGCUACACCUUAUCAAGACGAGCUGGAACGGCUGCAAGGUGCUGUGACUGACUGCCCCGUCCAUCUUCAGGCCGCUGUAGCACUUGCUCUUGGCAAGCUCGACACGGGCGAUCUCACCGAAUGCCUCUGUAUCGCCAUGGCAAUCGAAUUGUUGCAAACAGCCAGCUGCACCGAGUGCGAGAUUGCAGCGAUCCAGUCUAUGCUGGACGAAUGGAGCCGCAGCGAAGUCGAGUGGAUCCGAGUGCAGCUGGACGGUCUCGUGGGUGCACGAUCGGGCAGAACGAUCAAGGAUGCCAAGCUGGAGAGGGCGCUGCGGCAGUCGGAAGUGGGUGUCGACCAAGCCGACAGCGACAGGGAUGAUCGUUCAGACUUGGGAGGGAGCCUAGACAGUUGGCGACCACUCAGCGGUGCAAGCAAUGUCGGUGUCCAAUACGUGAUGCAAAACAUGUAG